AUACCGAACAGCCAUUUAGGAUACACUCGGAGAAUACGGGUGGUGUUGUGAUAACGAACGUUUCUUGUCAGCGGCGCUUGCUUCGCAACUGUUUGUGGUAAUCGCAAAUAUGUCGAUAUUUACGCCAACGAAUCAAAUCCGGCUGACCAACGUAGCGGUGGUGAGGAUGAAGAAAGGCGGGAAGCGAUUUGAAAUCGCCUGUUACAAGAACAAAGUUAUGAGCUGGAGAUCAGGAGCAGAGAAGGACCUGGACGAGGUUUUGCAGACGCACUCUGUUUUCGUCAAUGUUUCCAAAGGCCAGGUGGCGAAGAAGGAUGACUUAACCAAAGCUUUUGGGACUGACGACCUAACAGAAAUCUGUAAACAGAUCUUGGCCAAAGGAGAGCUCCAGGUGUCAGACAAAGAGAGGCAGACUCAGCUGGAGACCAUGUUCCGGGAUAUAGCUACUAUUGUGGCAGAGAAGUGCGUCAACCCUGAAACCAAGAGGCCGUACACAGUCAGUCUGAUUGAGCGGGCCAUGAAGGACAUCCACUACUCUGUCAAGCCCAACAAGAGCACAAAGCAGCAGGCCCUGGAGGUGAUUCGGCAGCUGAAGGAGAGCAUGGAGAUCCAGAGAGCCCACAUGAGGCUGCGGUUGGUGCUGCCAGCCAAAGAGGCCAAGAGGCUGAAGGAGAAGCUGAAGCCGCUCCUGCAGGUCGUGGAGAGUGAGGAUUUUGAUGAGGAGCUGGAAAUGGUGUGUCUGGUGGAUCCCGGCUGCUUCAGGGAGAUCGAUGAGCUGAUCCGCUGUGAGACUAAAGGCCGAGGCUCUCUGGAGGUUCUCAGUCUCAAGGAUGUGGAGGAGGGAGAUGAGAAACUAUAGUAACCCUGCCCGUCAGAACUCUGCACCUUAUCCACACUAACACGCUUCAUUAGGGCGCACAGACUGCAAACUCAUGAAAAAAAUCUAUGUUUAUGGUCUGAUUUAUCACAAUUUCAGCCACUUUCACCCUGUAAGGAUUAAUUUGACUGAAAGUAGUUAUGAUUUGCUGAGUGGAAUAUAUUUUGAAAGCAGGUUUGAGAACUUAUGCCUGAACUUUAAAGUCGGUGAUUAUUUCUGAUGUUUUCUCUUUUAUUUAUUCACUUUUUUUAAGUCGAUUACUAAUUUAGCAGAACGUCUACACAAAGUCGUGUGCCGUGUAGUCGCGCUCAGUAUCCCAUCCUAUUAUC